UUAUAAGAUGUCAAAAGCCAUAUUUUGGUAGACACUUAAACUUAACAGAUUAUAAAGAAGAAUACUCUUAUGAAGAGGAAAUAUACUUCCGGUGUGAGGGUGGUUUUCGGCUGCGUGGAAUUGUCAGUGCCAUUUGCGGCAAUAAUAAUAGGUUUAAUAUUACAGAGAUUCCAUUCUGUGAAGAUGCUGCAAUAUCCAACCAUUUUACCGUCUCCAGCCUUACACUAGGAGCAUCUGUAGGAGGUGGAAUUGCUUUAAUGCUCAUAUUAUUUGGAUUGUUUGUGUGCAUUAGGAAAAAGUAUCUUGGAAAAGAGUCUAAUUAUGAGAAGUCGAAGAUUAAUGUAACGGAGCAGCAUCUGUACACGGACAUUAUUCAUAACAGACAGACUGACGUGCAGGAUAGGGAGCCAACUUACAACUAUAUCAAUGAAAUCUCUGAUGAGACUGUAGCUCUGCUGGUCUGUACGUAUAACAAAGGAAAAGUAGCACAUGGAUUUGAUACUUUGCAACAGGCAGCAAAAACUAGAAUUCGUGUACCCUAG